AUGGCCGACGACCGAGGCCCUCAGAUGAUGGGAGUCAUUGUGGCCCUCUUCGUCACCUCCAUAAUAAGCGGUGCCCUGCGGUUCUACACCCACGGCGUUAUUAUCAAACGAUUUUUCGCCGAAGACUACCUGACGGUCGUUGCAUUGUUGCUUUACACGGCGUACACGACGGUGGGCAUUCUCGGAGUUGCGUAUGGACUGGGCAAACACAAUGUCGAUGUGCCGCCGGAGGAUCGGCCGACGGCGAUUCUGUACAGAUGGCUCGCGUCGCUGUUUUACAUCGUGAUAUCGCUGUUGACGAAAUGGAUCCUGGGCUUGUUUCUUCUGCGCAUCUGUCCGCACAGGCGCUGGCGACAAAUCACAAUCUGGACCAUCCUGGCUUCUGUCACCAUCUUUGGCAUCAUGUUCUUCUUCUUCGCCUUCUUCGCCUGCCAGCCGGUGCAGUAUCAGUGGACGCGAUACAACCCCGUCCCGGCAACCGGGACAUGCAACGCGACCGCCUUUGCAACAGUCACGACGUACAUUGCUGCUGUGCUCAAUAUUAUCGCCGACUGGGUGCUGCCGGCUCUGCCCGCCUCUCUGGUGUGGAAGUCGCAGAUCGAGCCGCAAGUCAAGGUUUCCAUUAUUGCACUGCUCUGCCUCGGGUCAACAGCCUCCAUUGCAACCAUUGUGCGAAUACCGUACGCGGAUGGCAUUCUGAAUAGCCCAGACUACCUGUACACGUUUACCGACCUGGGCAUCUGGAGCACGAUAGAGAUUGGCGUUGCCCUGACGGCCUCGAACCUGGCUACGCUGAAACCGCUGAUGCGCAAACUACGCAUUUUCAACAGCAUGUCGGGGAUGACGCAGUAUGGUUCCGAGAGCCGGCAGCCUACGGGUGGUGCGAAUGGCGCCUCGGCGAGGACCGCUCCUAGCCGAUCAAAGUCGUUUGUCAGUGGCAAUCAUCAAGUAGUGAUUACUGGAGCCGCCUCCUCUCGCGAUUCACGGGGUCCCAGGUGGAAUCGCAAAGAGUCCAUGGAGCUGGAGCUGGUCGACAGACGGGAGGAAGCGACAAGUAGCUCGAGCAAGAGUGACUUGGAAAAGAGCCGGAACGAUAGUCACAGCGGGGACAGGCCUGCAUGGCUGAAUGUUUGA